AAAUUUUGAAAAUCAUAUUAACUAUGCUGAAACCACUGAGCAGAAGCUGAAUCCGCUUAACAGAUUGACUCUAGUGGCGAAUUUUUAUGAAAUCGUUGAGCGGGAGCUGAAUCCACUAAAUAGGUUGAUUUAUUUCAAUGAAACAAGUGAGUGGGAGCUGAAUCCGCUCAAUGGAUUAAUUUAUUAUGUGGGUGCUGAGCGGAUUGAUCAAUUGCUGAGCGGAUUUUCCCUAGUGAAGAAAUCUCAGCUUGAUGAAUCCGCUGAGUGGAUGG